AUUGAAGGCGAUGUUUAUCACACGAUUUCACGCGGGCAUGUUUCGAUAUGUUGUUUCGCACGUUUGUUUUUCUUAUUUUUGUGAAGCUGACUUGUACUUUACAAUCUAACGAGAGUUAUAAAUGAACUGACUCAACAACCCAGGAAUUGUUCACAUACUCUAAAAGCUCCAGUGAAUUGUAGGCCAGCUCCUGGAAUACGUUGUGACGGAAAGCUUUUCAGUGGUUCUGAAAUUGGCUUUCAAAAAUUAGUAGAUUGCCGUCGAGUGACUGGAUAUAAGUUUGAUUUCGCACUGUUGUUGUCAGUUUUUGGUGGGUUGUUUGGAUUGGAUCGUUUCUAUCUUGGAUACCCAGCCUUAGACUGUAGGCCCUGCUGACGGGUCAUCAUUUCUUCGACCUUACUACGAUCCUUCAAUAACUCUCCUCCACCGAACUAAUUUCACCGUCUAUUCUGGUUGAAUGAAUGUCUGCGAGUGAUAUUGACAAAGAAAAUUCUACCUUAAUUCCGCGUUUAAAUUACGUGCACCUGCUGCUAACUCUUAUCAACGGUACUUCAGUUUUGCUUCAUUUAGCUAAUCUUAAACAACCUCUCAAGGCUACGCUUGACAUUUGGUGUCCUUCAGAUCUAACUAACAAACCCGAUUCCGAUCGACAAUCAAACUUUGUUUACGUGAGAAACCUACAUACACCAAACGGUGUUCUUCGCAGAGCUCGGAUUCGUGAGUCUGACAUAAUAGCUAUUGAAGUCGUCAGUACAGAUGGAAAUGUCAGAUAAUUCGUUUCGAGUAUUAGGUGAUACUCCACCCGUGCCUCCAAAAAAGCGUGCUCGGCUUGAUGUAUCCUCUGUCUGCUCUACUAAUAAUGCCUCAACAGACUCUAUGUCUUUCUGCCCCGAAAAUAUGCAUUUAGUUUCUGUGCUUCGGAAUGAUCCUCGCAGCAAGUGUUUGGUGCUUCACACGCGUUUUGGCGAUGACUUAAAGGAAGCCAUUGUAACCCUGCAAAAGUCAUCAUUUCCAAACGAUGCUGACACUUUAAAACGUUGCAAAGUAGUUAACAAACUGAUCGUCCAUAAGGAAGAUAACAAUGAAGAAGACAGCUGUCUUAAACAAGAUGAAUCAGUGAAUAUUGAAGAAAAUAACUCCUCUUUUCCUGAAUGGCAAGCCAAAUCAAUUAUGAGCAAUGAUGUGUACCAUCGCUUCCUUGUAACAAAUGGUUUGGAGUCAGUUAACAGUGUUGAUAUGACUGUAAUUUAUCCUGCUGAGUCACAUCACUUUGCAAAAUUUACCGGUUCUGGUCGUCAUAUUAUUCAGGAAACUCCAGAAAUGUAUAAAGACGUUAUUCUUCCUUUCUUGUCUGAAAAGCCGAAAGACCUCACUUGGAUUGAUAAUAUAAUAGCAGGAACCGCUGAACAAGACCGUGUUCUAUACACUGAUGUAAAUGAAGAGUAUGGUUUCACACUGGUACUGGACUAUCAGUGGGAUGGAACACGCUUGCAAGAACUCCAUUGCCUCGGUAUUGCUCAUAAUGCAAAGCUAACUUGCCUACGUGAUCUGCGUCGUUGUCAUGUUCCAAUGUUGAGAAAGAUGCUGCAGCAGGGACGCAAUCUACUUUCUGAUAAAUACAGCAAGCCGGCAGAUGUUUCCAAUAAUCAAACAUGCCAUAAUGGUCACAAAGUUGGUCUAUCAAAAGAUCAAAUUCUUGCCUAUUUACAUUAUCCACCAACUUUUUAUCGGCUUCAUGUUCACUUCAUGCAUGUAGAUUCAGGAGAUAGUGGCACUAUCGCAGGCAGAGCUCAUAUACUAGAAGAGAUUAUCCGUAAUCUUGAACAAGACGAUUUUUAUUAUGCUAACCGUACACUCACUAUCUUUUCCCAUGAUCAAAGCCCUAUGUACAAAGCUAUUUGUGCAGGUUGUCCCCUAGAAUCUACUGAAGAUUCAGUAACUGAGUAAAUUAUGUUUCUCUUGAUAAGAACUGUGGAAGAUUUAUUACAAAUAUAUAUAUAUAUUGUUGUACUAUCUCUGAUUUUUUAGUGGAUAAAAUGUAAAAAUAUAUAUUUCGUAGCAUUAUCA